UCCCUUCAGCACCAAACACUCUCGCUCUCUCUCUCUCUCUCUCUCUCUCUCCCUUUCCUCUCCUUCUUUUCCUGCGCUUGCAGCUUCAGACAUUUAGGGAAUCCUGAAACAAGUUGUUCCUUCAAAGACUUCUUGCCAAUUUCUAUGAGCACUGUCUGAAUGAACAGAGAAAAAGGCUGUUGCACUUAGAGGGUUCAAAUCCCUGCCCUCCUGUGUUUGAACCUUUACGUCUUUUGUUGCGGACACCGACUGCUGCGCUGGUUGGACACAGUGAAAUCGAGAGACUCCUUUGGUGACUGGUCCUUGAUUAUGGAUACAGAAGCACUGUAAAGCCCUAUACACUGGAUGUACACUCGACUUGCUGAUGGAAGUUGUGCAGCGGGACUAAUCAUAGAGUCAGACCAAAGGGACAGUCAUUGCUGGGGAGUGGCAGAAUCCUCGCUGUCAUCUCCCACGGGCCCUGCCCCCAUGGACCUGCGUGUAGGCGAGCGUCUGGUGCGUCCGGGUUCGGACACGGCCUUCCUGUCCCCUCUCCACCCCCCUUUGUUGCUCAGUCCCUUCAAUCCUCAGCACUGUUCCCAGUACAGUCAGUCACAGCUGCAGCAUAUACAGCACCUUAACAUGGAGCAGCGUCUACGAGACCAGGAGCAAGCCAAACAACAGCUACAGCAACUCAAGCACAAAGACAAGAGCCAACAGAGUGCGGUGGCCAGUGCUGUGGUGAAGAAGAAGUUAGCAGAGGUGAUUCUAAAUAAACAGAAGGCUGUGCUGGAAAGGACCAACUCCAACCCUCUCAGCAGCCCAUCAGUUGCCUACCGGGAGUUGGUUCCAGAUCCCAGUGCUUCUCUACAGCCACUCCUGUCCUCUGCAAAACCAAAUCUCAGUGAAGGACCCAACGAGCCCCCACUAAGACGAGCAACGUCAGAGCCCAACCUGAAGGUGAAACAUAGAUUAAAGAAGCACCUGAACACUCGUAAGAGCCCUCUGACCCGCAAAGAGAGCGCCCCGGCCACUGUCAAGCACCGCAUACCUGAUACGCUGGAUUCGUCCCCCAGCAGCAGUAGUACACCAGUGUCUGGCUGUAGCUCUCCAAAUGACAGUCUGCCCAAUGAGAAUGGAGUGCUGCCCCCUACUGCCAGUUUGUCUCAUGAGGCUCAGAGGUUGCUGUUGCAGGAUGGGUCUUUAGCUCACUUCACGGUGCAAAAUCCAUCCAGUCUCCCGACCAUCACACUAGGACUGCCCGCCAAUGCCAAGGCAGAGAGUGACCUGAGUUCACUGAAGAUGGAUCGAGUACCCGUGAUUCCUGGUGGUUCUCAAGUGCUGGUUCCUAUGAGUGUGGAAGAGCAGACGGCAUCACUUAUGCAGCCUGUCCUCAUCCUGGAACCCUCUGGACUCUUACAUGCACCCCUACUGGCUGUUCCAGGUUUGGGUCCGGUUCCUCUGCAGUUUAGUGCGUCUGGUCCUCAUAAACCUUUGAGCCGCACACGCUCAGAACCGCUGCCUCAGAGUCCACGAACCCUUCACUCUCACCUGCUCCAACAGCACCACAACACACAACUGCUGGAGAGACUCAAACAACAAACUCACCUGGGCAAGCUCAUGUCAAAGUCCAGCGAGAAGCCACGUCUCCGGCAGAUCCCCUCAGAGGACAUGGACUCAGAGGAGGUGGGGCCAUCAGUGGGCGAUGACCAUCAGUGCAGGGUGAGGUUGGAGUCAUAUAGAGAGCUGGAGAGUCAAGAAGAUCCGAUCAACCUGCAACACGCCCUCAUUCUCAACCAGUCACGUCUGUGGGAAACGCAGAAGCAACUGCAGCAACUGCGCAGGCAAACAGCCCACAUGGAGACGUUAGCGGUACCCAUGAUGCUCGGCGGCGCGCACCGGCCACUCUCUCGCACGCAAUCGUCACCAGCCUCCACCUCACUAACCCUGCCAGACAAACCCCUGCCGCUCACCACAACAACAGAGCCACCCCAGAGUCAAACCCGCUUCACUACAGGGCUGGUGUAUGACUCUCAAAUGUUGAAGCACCAGUGUACGUGUGGAGACAACAGCAGUCACCCAGAGCAUGCAGGGAGAAUCCAGAGCAUCUGGUCACGCUUGCAGGAGCGAGGCCUUCGUGGCCAGUGUGAGAGUAUUCGAGGUAGGAAAGCCACCCUAGAGGAGCUUCAAUCUGUCCACACGGAGCGCCACGUUCUGCUGUAUGGCACCAACCCUCUGAACCGCCUCAAACUGGACAAUCGCAAACUGGCCGGCAUACUGUCACAGCGGAUGUUUGUCAUGCUGCCUUGUGGGGGAGUCGGGGUUGAUAAUGACACCAUCUGGAAUGAGAUGCACACCUCCACAGCGUCUCGCAUGGCAGCCGGGAGCGUGACGGAGUUGGCAUUCAGAGUGGCUAAAGGAGAGCUCAAGAAUGGCUUUGCUGUGGUCAGGCCACCAGGACAUCACGCGGACCCGUCAAACCCCAUGGGUUUCUGUUUCUUCAACUCUGUGGCAAUCGCUGCUAAACAGCUCCAGCAGAAGCUCAGUGCCAGUAAAAUCCUCAUUGUUGAUUGGGAUGUUCACCAUGGCAACGGCACCCAAGACAUAUUCUACAAUGACCCCAGCAUUCUCUAUAUCUCUCUUCAUCGAUAUGACAAUGGCAACUUCUUCCCUGGUAGUGGAGGACCAGCAGAGGUGGGUUCUGGUGCCGGGGAGGGUUUCAAUGUUAAUGUGGCUUGGACCGGUGGACUGGAGCCUCCCAUGGGCGAUGCAGAGUACCUGGCUGCUUUCAGGACGGUGGUGAUGCCCAUUGCUCAAGAGUUCUCACCAGACGUCGUGUUGGUCUCUUCAGGGUUUGAUGCUGCAGAAGGACACCCUGCUCCCUUAGGAGGAUACAAAGUCACUGCUAAAUGUUUCGGGUUUUUGACUCGGCAAUUGAUGACAUUAGCAGGAGGACGUGUGGUUCUAGCAUUAGAGGGAGGUCACGACCUCACGGCCAUAUGUGACGCAUCUGAGGCCUGUGUCAGUGCUCUGCUGGGGCUGGAGGAGCCUCUUCCUGAGUCCACUCUACAUCAGAUGCCCAAUGCCAAUGGAGUCCUUUCACUCCAAAGAGUUAUACAGAUACAGAGUCAGUAUUGGUCGUCACUGAAGCCGUUGAUGAGCACAGUAGGCAUGUCAUUUCUGGGUGCCCAGAGGAAAGACUGUGAGGAGACAGACACAGUGAAUGCGAUGGCGUCCCUCUCUGUGGGAGUGAUGACAAGCAAAAGCCUUGCUGAUGAACCUAUGGAGCAUGAUGAUGACUCCCUUUAAACCAGGUCUGAAAACUGUCCAGUACCACAUGGCACUCCAUGUCAUAUGAGUGAGCUGUGCCUUAAGACCAGUAGUGCCUAUGGGGGGCGUGGCUUCCUCAUCAUAGCCCCUCCCCCGAGACGCCACCUCAACACUGACCACCAGUGCAACGCGGCUAAGCUUACAACUUGCAGGAAUUCUGCCGGGGCUCUGGGAUCCACAACAUUCACCUACCAUAUGGACAAGUACACUAGAAAGCAUGCUCUGUUGCACUGGUGUGUUUAUAACAUUCACUAAAAGAAUGCGCUGAAAAUUCCAGUCCCCCGCAAUACUCACCUCUGGUGCCUCAAAAGAGAUGACUUAUUUUAGCUGGAGAUGCAAGAUUUGCGGGAACGGUUGAGGACUGUUGAACAUUUUUUAAAGGCAGCCCACUUUACUACCCCUGACAAGCAAACUAUUGAAGUACUAUGCGAAAAUAAGGGGUUUUCUUGCACCUGGCAACCACAAAGUGGCUCCACUCUAUGACAUCAUAAAUAUUAACCAUUUUUAACCACUAAAGAAAAUGUCCUGAUCUCGACAACUGUGGGUUUUAUAAAUCUUAAUUUGUUUUGCACUGUGCAUUCCAUAAUGUGAACUGUGAUUUUUUUCCAAACCUCUGGGAAAAGAACUAAGUAUAUAUCUAAUUUUACGCUUAACAUUCUUUUUUUUUCUUCUUGUCAAGUUCAGUUGCAUUCCACCUGCAUUCCUAGCAUGAAGGCCGUAAACUUGAAUAUUUCGAGAUUUUCGUAUUUGUACUGAAUUUGUGUAUUUGAUUUUGUGUUACACCACAUGUGUUUUUUAAGCCCAGAGGGACAAUCCAGCUAUCAGCAAGAUUAUUGCACACAUUCACCCCAAAACACAUACACAUAUACACUUACAUCACCAUGUAGUUAUGUUUGUAUAUGUGAUCCUUAUAGAUGAAACAGAUUCUUUACACACACGUCGCUACAUCCUUAUGACCCCUGUAUAUUUAUUGUUAUUAUGGACACAGGAAAUGCUGACACUUUCCCUAGACUAGCAAUAGCGCCAAAUAGUCUCAUUUCAGUAAUUAUUUUUUAUGUGUGUAUCUAUCAAUCAUAACAUUUUUCCAUUCUGUAUUCACAAUCAAACCUUAAUUGACCACAACAAAAUCACAAAAUGAUAUUUGAAUAGGUGGUCAAAGCCACUUAAAUGGCACAAAGCAGUGCUCAGAAUUGUGUUUAAUGGAUACAUUCCUUUAUAUUCAAAGGAAUAAGCAAAUUAUCAAAAAUAAUUGUGGUUGUUGUUUAGAAGGGAAAUGGCCAGCUCUUUAACCUGUGGAGAAGACAUGUCUCAAGUUGGUGCACAUUUAAUGAUUUCUUUUCAUUGCUGUGCUCUUAGAAAUUGCUGAAGGGUUUUUUUUAUUCUUUCUUUUUUACGAGGGAUGCAUUGUUUUUGGAUGGUGUUCUGUUUUCCACAGUCUGCGCAUAGAUCACUAAUUCACACCAGUUGUGUGGAUAAAGUUUAUAGUCAUGUUAAAUAUGUCUCUCAGCCGCUGGGAUUCACAUUUAUGUCGUCAUCAAUGAACAGAAAUUAAUACCACACCAACGGUUAACCAAAGCAGACGGACCUCUUUAAAGCGGGUCACUAUUCAACAAAUACUGUGCCUCAACUCCUUUCAACAUCAGCAUAUUCGGUUUCAAAAACCAUAUCACUUGUAACGGUUGUCUAGUGUUUUUAAACAAAUGUUUGGCCACACAUUUGUCAGCUAUGUUCUAGUUGCGUAAUUCUGACAGGCCAAAUCAUUGAAAAUAAAUUUGUAAUGCGCUGUUUGUUGCGAUCCCACAUGCUGUAACAGUAUCUCAAAGCUCAGGCUGUGUGGCUUGUCGUUGUCAGUGAGGUUACGUUCGACCAACAGCACAGUUCCUGGUGCUCACUUGACUUUUGCGUUGUGCUUUGUGGUUGAUGAACUUCCAGACGGAAUCGAUUGUCAGGCCACGUCCACACUAAUGUUUUUGAUUGAAAAAGCAUUGAAAACGCUUUGUUUACGCCUCUUAUCCACACUGGAACAGGGUUUUCCUCCAUUGAAAAUUAUCUCCAUUACUUUGGAAAACAAUAACUACAUAAAUUGAAAACAUCAAUCAAAAAUGUAUUCAAAUGAAAAUGGAUUCAUGUGAAUGUGGCUAGAAAGUCAGUUAUCAUCAGGCUGAGACGUUUUUUUUUGUUUUUUCACGUUUUUUCACGUUUUUUGCACCUUUUUUGGGGGGGGGGAAUCUGUACCAUUCUGCGGAAUGGAUUUAAACAUGGUAAAAUGUGUUAAACUGAGUGGAAAUCACAUCAGCCAAAAUUACCUAUUAAACGAAUACGCAAGGGGUGGGAAUGUGAAAAAUGUUGUGAAUGACAUUCAUUCCAGUUCUGCAGAGUUUAGCAGACGCAGAUUCUGUGUUGGCUUUAUUAUCGUUGUGCAGAUUUGUUACGAUUAUUCCGCGUGACUUAUCAGUGACCAAACUUUUUGAGUUGGUGUUACUCUGUACAACCCUAUACCUCUGUUUUAACAACCAAAUACACCAGGGGUUGCUAAUAAUGUUAUCUUGUAUCCACUACAAGAAACAAUCAUGAGCUGACAAUUUGCUGUUAUUUCUAAUCUUGAAUAUAGAGGCAUUCCUUCUCGGAUAUACAGGUUGCUAGGUUUGAAUUUUGCCUUUUCCCUAAUGCCAGAAACAAACUCUACGCAAAAGCAAACAGGAAUGCUUGACAUACUUAAUGUGCUUUCUUGCAGUAGUGGGGUGUGGUGGUAACCAGCCCAACCCGAUCUCAUGAGAAGUCGGAAUAACUGUCGAGAUGGCAAAAUCAUAGGAAAUCGCACGAGUUGCCUUGUACAGAAAUGUAUGACUUUUACUCCCACAGAGAAAAAUAAACAAAACCAUGAACAAUUUUAUUGCAAUUUUUUCUAAGUUAAAACCCUAAAUCAAACCUGAACCUAACCAUGAAGACUAAGCCCUUACCCAAACCCUUUUGUACCAUGGAAGAACAAGAAACAUUGGUGUUUUGAACAAGCUUUCUUACAAAUGUUUUAAACCUAAACCUAGCCAUAAAGUGUAACCCUUACCCAAACCAUGAUUUUAAUAGGAAAAUAACUUUUGUGUUCUACAGAAGAAAGAAAAUAUUGUUUGGAAUAAGACAAGGUAAGCAUAUAUAAUUGGUUGAUCAUAAAGAUGCACCUUUUCGUACGAGCCAAGUUGUAUGAUAUCUUACAAUUACAAGUUGUCAUGAGACAAUGUUGACCAACCUCAGUACUCAAAGGGGCGAUACAGUUAACAUUAAAUAUCUAUGCUAUUAAACCUGAUGUGCUAUUAUUCAUGCCUGCCUUCGAUGCCUGACAGCUAUAGCGCCCCUUGUGACAAUACUGAGAAUGCAACAUAUACUUGUGUUGCAUUAUGAAUUGCGUUUUGACACAUUUCGUAAUGCAACAACGUGUUGGCAUUCACGUACUUAUGUAGAGUAUGUUUCUGGCCUAAAGCUGCAUUUCUUGAACAAAAAAUAAUGUUAUUAUUGUUAUUAAGUUCUCAGCAUUGUACCUGCCCUUACAAACCAAUAAGUCUUUACUUCUACCCUUUAUUGCCUUGUACCAAACCACUGUGGUUUGGCAGUUAUACAUUUGAAUGAUUCGUGUAUAUAGUACCACCAUCCCAUUUAUCGUCAUUGUCAGUGUUUUGUGUUCUUAUGGGUGAGGUUUUCAUGAAGACCCUGGGCAGUCUUUGCCCACCAGACCCCCAUGAAGACUGUUGUAAAAUAGAACAGAUGCGAACAUUCGCUCAUCAUUAAUGAAGUCAUAGCUAAUCUCUUUGAACGAGCGGCGAUCUUGCUGUGUAUUUAUAGUAAUUCAAACAGUGCACUUGCUCUGCACCAUAAACAAAACAUGUUCACUUUCGACUUUCAAAAUAAACAAAUAUCGACUUACCAUCUUUGUUACCAACAGAAUUUGACUGCACUUUGUGACAGUUUUGCCUGGCAGUUUGGACUGUGACUACGAACAGACCUUUACAUUCCAUUUCAGUUUCGAACACUGAUAUGUGUCUUAUAUACAGUAAUAUUUUAAUGGUGUAUUUUUACAAUAGCUUUGUGCAUUUGUACUGUUUUGAUAUACCUCUCGAAAUGCUUGUAUUCUCUCGUCUCUCGAGUGUGUGCUGUUCUUUGUCACCACUCUAGUAAAAGUGUGUUGAUGGCAUGGUCACUGUACCAGCAACGUCUUAAAGCCUUCGUCGUUUAUUCCCCUUCAAACUUCGCUUAUUUGUAUCGAAAAUGUAAAUAGUUACUUACGACCAAAAGACUUCACCUAUGUGCCUUGAAAUACUUCAUCUGUCGACCCCACUAACUGGAUUCUGUUUAUCAAAGAAUAAUAGAAAUGGUUUUUGAAUCUUCAUGUACUUAAUGAUUCCCUUAUUUCUGAUUUCUUUUAUUUCUCUGUGUAUAGAAAAGAAGGUCUAAUUUGUACUGUUUCUAUCUUUCUAAUUAAAAUGAAAAGCAUU